AUGCUGGCCAUCAGAUCGCUCGCCAGCGCCAACCUCCCCAGGCAGUGCCUUCGCUCCGUUCCCCGGGCUGCUGCUCUCACGUCCUUUGCUGACGCAAAGCGAGCGCAGCGAUGCUACGCCACGGCAGGCGAGCGUGUCGCGAAGUAUGAGGGAACCAAAGACUCCAAGGGCAACUACCUGGUCAGCUUGAUCGAGGGCGACGGCAUUGGCCCCGAGAUUGCCGUGUCCGUCAAAGACAUAUUUGCUGCCGCCAAGGCGCCCGUCUCCUGGGAGCCGGUCGACGUCACUCCGAUUCUCAAGGACGGCAAGACGGCCAUCCCCGAUGCGGCCAUUGAGAACAUCAAGAAGAACAAGAUCGCCCUCAAGGGUCCCCUCGCCACGCCCAUCGGCAAGGGCCACGUCUCGCUCAACCUGACGCUGCGACGAACCUUCAACCUCUUUGCCAACCUGCGUCCCUGCCGGUCCGUGGCCGGCUUCAAGACGCCGUACGACGAUGUGAACACGGUGCUGAUCCGAGAGAACACCGAGGGCGAGUACUCGGGCAUCGAGCACGUCGUCGUCGACGGUGUGGUGCAGAGCAUCAAGCUCAUCACCCGCGAGGCCAGCGAGCGCGUCCUGCGGUUCGCUUUCCAGCACGCCGAGGCCAUCGGCCGCACCAAGGUGCGCGUGGUCCACAAGGCGACCAUCAUGAAGAUGUCGGACGGCCUCUUCCUCAACGUCGGCCACCAAGUCGCCAAGGACUUCCCCGGCAUCGAGUUCGACGCCGAGCUGCUCGACAACACGUGCCUCAGCAUGGUGACGAACCCGGAUCCGUACAACGACAAGGUUCUGGUCAUGCCUAACCUCUACGGCGACAUCCUGUCGGACAUGUGCGCCGGUCUCAUCGGCGGUCUCGGCCUCACGCCGUCGGGCAACAUUGGCGACGAGUGCUCCAUCUUCGAGGCGGUGCACGGCUCGGCGCCCGACAUUGCCGGCAAGGGCCUGGCCAACCCCACGGCCCUGCUCCUGAGCUCCAUCAUGAUGCUGCGACACAUGCGACUGAACUCGCAUGCCGACAGGAUCGAGAAGGCCAUCUUCGACACCAUGGCCGAGGGCAAAACCUUGACGGGCGAUCUGGGCGGCAAGGCCAAGACGCACGAAUACGCGGCGGCGAUUAUCGAUAAGCUGUAA